AUGCCAACUCCAUCCCGCCGUCUCCUCGUUUUCCAGGAGACGCGAAACCCCCAGAACAUGUCCGAACUCGUCUACAUCCCCGUCAACCGCCAGGGCCUGCCCAUCUGCGGCUCAGGGCCAGAGCUACCAUCGAUCUUGGAGCUGCCAUUGAGGAUUGUGAAGGCUUUUACAGACAUAUUUAACCACCCUAGAUAUAGGGGUUGGGCAAUCCUAUCCGCAGGUAGAUACCAUGACUCUUCUGAAGAAGGGAAGUUCUAUGCUGUUGUAUUGGAGCAGGUCCAGCCUGUUCAACAGAUGCAAACUGGGACAGUGCCCACAGGUACAGGGGAAACACCUUUUGGCCAGAAGAUGAUGACCCAGGACUAG